CAUUAAUUUCAUGUGAUAUGCGUAAAUAUAAAUUAGGUCUUUCAAGAGUUCAAAUCUCAUACACUUUCAUUUUCAUAAACGAGUUUGAACGGGUUUUUGUUGGGAUUUCGCGCAGUUGAAACUAUUUGCCAGUCGCAAUCGAGCCGCGAGAGCAGCUGGUACUUAGGAGAAGGUGUCGCAAACACCAUGUGGCCAUUAAGUGGAACUUUACUGUGGCUGCUUUUACAAUUGGCCAUACGCAGCGAAGCUGUGGCCCCGCCCAGCCUCGAGGCACUGCAGCAAAUACCUCAAUUAAGCUACGACCAGGUGGCGCUCAUAGCUGACAAUGCGACAGCACGUUGCCAGCUGAUGCCGCAGCUCUGCGACUGGCAGCUGCAUCUGUACGAGGGCCAUCCAUUCCAGGUGGAGCUGCCCAGCAGCCAAGAUGCUGCAGGCGAGCAGAUGGAGGUGGUGACUCGACCAGCCGCUGGCACAUCCACUGCUUCGCCCAACCUGUCGCUGCUCAGCUUUGCGGUGCCCGGCGUCAACAACAACCACGAACUACUCAUCUAUGCGCAGGUGGAGACGGUGUUCAAGCCAAAGCCAAAGCCAAGGCCCAGGCCAAAAGCAAAAUCAAACUCAAAGUCAAAGUCAAGGAAAAGAAAGCGUCUGCUGGCCAACAACAAAAUGCUUAUGUAAACAAAAAGCCAAGCUCAAAAGUACCGCUACGGCUGUCUAAAUUCAAUAAAUCAAAACAAGCUAAUAAAAAAUAAAUAAAAUACAAAAAAAAAAAGCCACUUAAGAGCUAACGAUUCAUGUUAGUGGCCAGCUAUUCAGUAGCCGAGGCUGUGCUGCCCGCCCGGAGGCGAUCACACGAUAAAUAAAAACUAUUAGCUCAUUAAUGUCCAAUUCACGCCAAGCGCCAACUGGAAGCCGUUCGACCGCUUUCAACUUUAACCCGUGGCCGGGCGCGUGUCACAGCUGCUGACCUGGGCCAAAAAAAAAAAAAAACAAAAAAACUAAAAAUCAAAACAAGAUUGAAAAUAUGUUUGCGGUAAGCCGAAGAUUGAACACACUUUGUUGAAAAACUAAAAAAAUAACACAGUCUCAUUUCCUGACCGAUAGUCAGUCCGAUGUAGAUGCGAUUCGUAAUAUAUAUAAUACAUUAAAUAUGCCCAGCUUGGAUAAGAUAUAUAGAGGUAGAUAAAAACAAAAAUGUUGUUCAUGCAAGAAGUUUGCACCGAUAAUUCCAAUGAUAUAGUCCGCCGAUUCAGUCGGGUCGGCUCGAUAUAUGAUAAUUUCCUAUAUGUACUCGGCUGUUGAAGCCGAUAUAUGAUACUUAAUAGCUUCGCAGAUGUCUGACAAUAUAAACAUACUCCACAAAAGGGUA